UACAAAAAGAUAUCUACCUAUCUACGUCAACAAUACUGAGAGAAAUAACAAAGAGUUAUAUUUUGAUUACAAUAAUUCACCUAAUAUAAGCUCGUAUUCGUUUCCAAUUAGGCUAUUGUUGUAUUUUUCGUACUGAAGUUAAUCUGCAUCAAAGUGAUUUGGAAAUUUGUAUCAUCAUGGAUUCGCUGAAGGUAAUUUUGCUAUGCAGCUUGUCAUUAGCUUAUGCAUAUGGUUCGCCGACAAACACGCGAGGAAACAUUACUGCAGUCGUUAAAGAAUGCGAUGCGAUGUUUCCUGUACAGAGAAAUAUUUUUGAUGUAAUGAUUGACAGCGUACUCACAGGUGACAACAUCACAUUUAGCAAACAGGAAAAAUGUCUUCUGCAUUGCAUGUUUCAAAAAGAUGGUAUCCUUGAUGAAAACGAUAACGUACAUAACGGCUUACAAUUCGUCGACAGGCUUGUCACAGUGGACAUUGAAUUGUUGAAAUAUAGCGAUAUAUUAGUCUACCAAAUGUACCACAUCAUGGCAUCAACCAGAGCAAUUGAAGAUAAAUGUGAAAAAACUUUCCAAUUCGUGUACCGAUUCAUGGCGCAAACCACUUUGAUGCGCCAAUAUGCAUACAGAAUCUCGUUAGCAGGGCCGGGAAUACCGGGCCAUAAACUUAAAAUUUACCAAGCAAUCGAAACAGGACAAAUAGCCGGUGGUCUGAAGAAGAUAUUCGAGGAAUACUUUAAAACCGCACAAGAUGAAUCGAAAAAUCAACUCUCGUGGAUGUUUUCCUAUCGUACGAGUAAACAUCGAUAAAAUGUAAUGAUAAUGAUAGAUAUUUUAAUCAAGGUUUAACUUGUUAGCCAUGAAAUAAAUGAAAGCUUGAAUUGAA